CCAAUCUGGCAACGCCGCCGCUAGCUCGCCUCCUAUUGAUCAAGCCUCCAUUUUCCAACACACAGCGGCGGCGCUGGUAGCAGAGACACCCUGAGUCCACCUGGAGGACCACCAGGACCCGGGGCAGGCAUGGCAGCCAACAUGUACCGGGUUGGAGAUUAUGUUUAUUUCGAGAACUCGUCCAGUAACCCACUGCUUAUCCGAAGGAUAGAGGAGUUAAACAAGACGGCCAAUGGGAACGUGGAGGCCAAAGUGGUCUGUUUCUACCGACGGAGGGACAUCUCGAGCACCCUCAUCGCCCUGGCAGACAAGCACGCCCGGGAGCUCGAGGAGGAGAUGGAGAGCCCAGAGAUGCUGGACCUCCCCGAGAAGCACAAGCACCAGCUCCGGCACCGCGAGCUCUUCCUGUCCCGGCAGCUGGAGUCGCUGCCCGCAACACACAUCAGGGGGAAGUGCUGUGUGACACUGCUGAACGAGACCGAGGCCCUCAAGUCUUACCUUGAACGAGAGGACGCCUUCUUCUACUCCCUGGUGUACGACCCGCAGCAGAAGACGCUGCUGGCCGACAAGGGGGAGAUCCGCGUGGGGACGAAGUACCAGGCAGACAUCACGGACCUCAUGGAAGAAGGUGAGGAGGAUGGCAAGCUAUCCAAGAUGGAAGAAAGGAUCUGGUUGCCUAGCAGCAACCUGACGGAGAAGCAGAUCGACCAGUUCCUCGUCGUGGCUCGGUCAGUAGGGACGUUUGCCCGGGCGUUGGACUGCAGUAGUUCGGUCAGGCAGCCCAGCCUCCACAUGAGCGCUGCUGCAGCCUCCAGAGAUAUCACUCUGUUCCACGCCAUGGACACGCUCCACGGGGCGGGCUACGACCUGACGGGGGCCAUCGCGGCGCUGGUGCCCCAGGGGGGGCCGGUGCUCUGCCGUGACGAGAUGGAGGAGUGGAGCGCCUCCGAGGCCAACCUGUUCGAGGAGGCGCUGGAGAAGUACGGCAAGGACUUCACCGACAUCCAGCAGGACUUCGUGAGUCUGUCCGUCUGCCUGUCUGUCUGACUAAGACCGGCUGUCUGUCCGUCUGCCUGUCUGU